AUGACGGCAACAAUCACAGAUCGUUUAAAAUCAGAAAAAAUAUCUGACACUCCUAGUAACAAAAAAGAAGUUAAUUCAUCGAAAUGUUUAGGAGAUGAUUUGCCAGUUGUUAAAAGAUGCAUAGGAACAGAUUUUACAUACAAACACGAGGUGGUCUGGAGAAAUGCCAUUGGAUUUUUAAUUCUCCAUUUACUUGGUAUAUGGGGUUUCUUUUUGUGUUUAACAGGACAAAUUUAUCUUAAAACUUUUAUAUGGAUGGUUUGUGUUGCAUAUAUCGGUGUAGAAGGAGUUACGAUAGGUGCUCAUCGACUAUUUACCCAUAAAUCAUUCAAAGCUACACCUUUUCUCAGAGCAUGUUUGAUUUUAAUGCAAACUAUUGCUGGACAGAAUUCAAUGUUCAUUUGGUGCCGUGACCACCGUCUCCACCAUCGCUACACCGACACUGAUGGCGAUCCUCACAAUUCUAAACGAGGCUUCUUCUUCUGCCACAUCGGCUGGCUGAUGUCGAAGAAACAUCCUUAUGUCAUGGAAUUGGGAAGGAAAAUCGACAUGAGCGACCUACAAGCGGAUUGGAUGGUAAUGUUACAAAAAAAGUACUACUACCAACUGUACUUUUUGCUGGCAUUUCUGAUACCUGUGUGGGUACCAGUGCACUUUUUCAAUGAGCCAUGGCUUAAUUCAAUUCUUUGCUGUUACUUCUUCCGAUACGUUGCUACACUAAACGGCACUUGGUUGGUCAAUAGCGCAGCGCAUCUUUAUGGCACCAGGCCUUACGAUAAGAAUCUUCAGCCAGUAGAGUCUUGGUUCGUGUCUUUCAUUAGCCUUGGCGAGGGCUGGCACAACUACCACCACGCGUUCCCUUGGGACUACAAGGCUGCGGAACUGACCAUGCACUUCAAUCAAUCAGCUACUUUUAUUAGAUUUUUUGAGAAAAUCGGUUUGGCGUAUGACUUGAAGACUGCUUCUACUGAAAUGGUUGAAAAUAGAAUCAAGAGAACUGGUGACGGGACUCACUACGACCUUGGAGACGAAGAGUCGAAGAAAUCUGUUCAUGCAUAUGGCAUAUUACAUCCACUGAACCCAAGUUAUAACGUGACAUAUGAGGAUCCAGAAGUGACCCUGAAACUCGAAGGUCUUCCAUUAUACCAUGAAAAGGAUGUGUUGAGCGAAAACUUACAUUUAAGAAAUAUUGGAGCACAUUGA